GAGAAGCCAAAUCACCGAAGAAGCAAAUAGAAGAAGAACUCUCUCAGAAAAAUAUAUAAAUAAAUAAAUAAAAAAGGAGGAGAAAGAAAUGGAAGGCCAACAACAACAAGAAGUACAACAGAGUAAGGCCAGAGUGGUAAAGGUUGAUUCUUUGGAGUCUUGGGACCUCUCUAUAACCCAGGCCAACAAUCAAGGCAGUCCUGCGAGAUUUAUUUAUUUUUUUAUUUUUUCAGAAUUCUUACAUUUUUUUUUGGCAGAUUUAUUGGGGCAUCUCUUCAGUGAGAUUGUUGUUCACUUCACUGCUUCAUGGUGUAUGCCUUCGGUGGCUAUGAAUCCAAUUUUUGAGGAACUGGCCUCAAACUACCCUGAUGUCCUGUUUCUUGUGGUUGACGUUGAUGAGCUCAAGGAAGUGGCGUCUAGAAUGGACAUAAAGGCCAUGCCCACUUUUCUGCUGAUGAGGAAUGGAGCUCAAGUAGACAAGCUUGUGGGUGCCAAUCCAGAAGAGAUAAAGAAGAGGAUACAUAGCUUUGUUCAGUCCAUUCGUAUAGAAGUUGCCUAGUUUUUGCUUUUCCACGACUUGUAUAUGUCAUAUGCUUUUAACUUGUAAAAAAAAAAAAAAAAA